AUGGUUACCGCAGACGAAAGAGAAGCUUUAUUAAAUCCACUAGAACAUGAAAGAAAGCAUAGAUUUUCUAUAAGUAAUGAAAGUGACAGUGAUACUGAACAAGAACAAGAUGACGAUGUUGAAAGAGUAUUAAGUAGAAAGGCAUCUAGUAUAUUUUCUAUCGAUACGAAACCUUUAGCGCCACCAAAUAGAAAUGAUAUUGAAGCUUUUACUUCUGAUAAAUAUCAUUUUAGUAUGAUUAGAAAUUUACAUAUGGCAGAUUAUAUUACUAUGUUAAAUGGUUUCUCUGGUUUUUAUUCUAUUGUAAGUUGUUUAAGAUUUACAUUGACAGGAAAACCUCAUUAUGUUCAACGUGCUCAUUUUUUCAUUAUUUUAGGUAUGUGUUUUGAUUUUUUGGAUGGUCGUGUUGCUAGAUUAAGAAAUAGAUCAUCUUUAAUGGGACAAGAAUUAGAUUCUUUAGCUGAUUUAGUCUCAUUUGGUGUAGCUCCUGCUUCUAUUGCUUUUGCUAUUGGUUUUCAAACAACUUUAGAUGUUGUAGUAUUGUCAUUCUUUGUACUAUGUGGUUUAACAAGAUUAGCAAGAUUUAAUGUUACUGUAGGUCAAUUACCAAAAGAUGUUAAAGGUAAAUCUAAAUAUUUUGAAGGUUUACCAAUGCCAACUACUUUAUUUUUAGUAUUUAUUAUGGCAUAUUUAGUUAGAGAAAAUUUAAUUAUGACUAAUUUACCAUUGGGUAUUAUUAGAGAUGGUUUAAUUGGUGAAUUCCAUCCAUUUAUUUUGAUAUUCUUCAUUCACGGUUGUGGUAUGAUCUCUAAGAGUCUAAAGAUUCCAAAGCCAUAA